CUGUGCAUCUGAUAUCUGUGGUACAAAAAUGUAAAUUGUUUUUCUGGUCGGUGAUGUAAACUUUAAUAAUUAAAACAUUAAAAACACAGGUUAAAUUUAUUAAAUAUUUAUUUUCUAAUUUCUCCAAGUUUUCCCCAAUUCAAUUCAGCUAGUAUUCUAAGCUUAGGUACUUUCCACAUUAUGAAUAUAACAGGUCUUAAACUAACUCCCAUGAUAUGCAAUUAUUAUGUAAAGCGUAAUUUAAACAAUAAUGUGGCUAGCAUUACCAGGAUUCACAGAGAAGUAUUUACAAGAAUGUAUCCCACAAAAGUUGUUCUUGCAAAUGGGGCUUCAAUUAACAUUAGAUACCAUGAACCAAGGAAAAUAAUAAAAUUACCUUUGGAAUUGUCUGCAUUAUCAGAAGAUGAAAGGAAAGCAAGACUAGAAAAAAGGAAACCAAAACGCAAAGUCAAAAUAACUGAAGUUGUUGAAGAUAACUUUAAUGCAAAAAAGUAUUUAAAAUAUUUGAAGAAAUAGUAAAUAUAAUUAAGUAUUAUAAUAUAAUGUGUGUGUAAUAGUUAUAUUAUAGUUAGUGGAAUAGUUGCAAACAAUACAUUUUUAAUCUUACA